UGCUAAAUGACCAAAAUGUCACUGUUCUGUAGGUUCUGUUGAUGGACUACCUGGAUGUGAAGAACACUAAAAGUGCUGCCGAGCCCUCUGCCCAGCUCACCUACGCCAGCACCGGCAGCGAGUUCGCAGCCUUCUUCGCCAAGAAGAAACCCCAACGUGCCAAGCAGUCCCUCUUCAAGUUUGAGUCGUCGUCUCACGCCAUCAGCAUGAGUGCCUACCUGAGGGAACAGCGGAGAGAGCUGUACAGCAAGAGUGGAGAACUACAAGGUGGUGCAGAUGAUAACCUGAUCGAAGGAGGAGAGAUGAAGUUUGUCUGUAAACCUGGAGCCAGAAACAUCACAGUGAUCUUCCAGCCUCUCCUCAGGUUCAUCAAUGAGACAGAGCAGAACAUGGGUUCACCGGGGCAGGCCAAGCAGUGCCAGCUCCGGACCUUCCUGACCUACUACAUCAACGACCUGUUCCUGCACCAGGUCAGAACAGAGAUCAACAAGGAGAUCCGGGCCGUCAGCAAGACAGCAGACCCACUGAAAGUCCUGGCUAGUGCCGAUACUAUGAAGGUCCUGGCGGUGCAGAGGCCCCUGCUGCAGAGCACAGUAGUCGUGGAGAAGUCCAUCCAGGACCUGAUGACUCUGAUGCAGGACCUGAGUGCCUACUCCAACCAGUUCCUGGAGAUGGUCUGUGACAAGCUGAAGGAGUACAAGGAGGUCUGCAACACCUCGUACAGGGGCAUAGUCCAGUGUGAGGAGAAGCUGACCAUCAGUGCGUCGUGGUCUAAGGAUGAGGACAUCAGCCGACUGCUCCAGUCUCUCCCCAACUGGGCUAACAUGGCCCAGCCCAGACAGCUCCGACAGAAGAGAGAGGAUGAGGAGGACUUUACCAGGGCGGCGUUUGCCAAGGAAUCAGAGGUGCUGACGGGUAACCUGGGUGACAAGCUGAUCCCGCAGAACGAGAUCCUGCGUGACGUGAGCGACCUGAAGGCCCUGGCCAACCUGCAGGAGAGCAUGGAGUGGCUGGCCUCCAGACUCAAAGGCUUCUUCAUCAACCUGCCCCACGCUGCCAAUGGAUCUCCAGGCUCGGACUCCCAGGUGACCAAUGAGAGCGUCCGCAGCAGGGACCAGAUCCUCCAGACUCUGACUGACCUGUCCAGGGCCUUCCAGGACAUCGCUGACCGCUGUCUGCUGGUCCUCCACCUGGAGGUCAGAGUGCAUUGUUUCCACUACCUGAUUCCCCUGGCCAAGCAGGGGAACUAUGCCAUAGUGGCCAACGUGGAGAGCAUGGACUACGACCCCUUGGUGGUCAAACUCAACAAGGACAUCAGCGCCAUCGAGGAGGUGAUGGGCGCCGCGCUGCAGCAGCACAAGUUCCAGUACAUCUUUGAAGGUCUUGGCCACCUGAUCUCCUGUAUUCUGAUCAAUGGAGCCCAGUACUUUAAGAGGAUCAGUGAGUCUGGCAUCAAGAAGAUGUGUAGGAACAUCUUUGUCCUGCAGCAGAACCUCACCAACAUCACCAUGUCUAGAGAGGCCGACCUGGACUUCGCUAGGCAGUACUAUGAGAUGCUGUACAACGCUGCAGAUGAGCUGCUCAACCUGGUGGUGGACCAGGGCGUUCGCUACACCGAGCUGGAGUACAUCCACGCCCUCAGCCUGCUGCAGAGGAGCCAGACGGGCGUGGGAGACCUGAGCACGCAGAACGUCCGGCUGCAGCGCCUCAAGGAGAUCAUCUGCGAGCAGGCAGCCUUCAAGCAGGCCACCAAGGACAAGAAGAUCACUACUGUUUGAGAGGGGGGACAUUGGGAGGCUGUCGUUGGCAAUGGUCUGUUUGUAUUACUGUCCAGUGUUUCUCAACCUCCUGUCUGGAUAAAGGGUUUAGAUUAAAGCUAGUAUUUGUAUUAGCACCUCCACAGGGACUGGUGUUGAACUGGGUUUGUAAAAGUCCUAACUGAGUCUUCAUUAGAUACCAUGGCAGACCGUAAAUAACCAUGUAAUAUGUUUUGGGGGUUGAGAUAAUGCUGGUAGGCUGUACAUUAACUAGUUACUGAUUUAAGGGUUGAACUUAGUUACCAAUAUGUAUCUGUUGUUGUCGGCAAGUACCAAUAUGUAUCUGUUUAUUCACGGGCAAGAAUGCAGCCAGUUCCUCAAGAAAUCACACACACACACACACUCUCCAACUUUAAAAAAUGACUCCCUUCAAUCAUCCCAUAUGUGGUCGGCCCUAGUCUCACCUGUGGAGAAUGGGGGAAUUUUCUGAGAGUCUGGCUUUGGGGCCUUUCUCAUCUCAUUGUCUCAUUACAUCUAACUGCUGCUCUCAAUUACAGCUCUACCUCCAGCUCUCCCUCGUGGGCCCACUGACUGUGUCUGCAAUACCAGAUGCCAGAUUAGACUGUCUAGAUUAUCACUUCUCUCCCCCUGCUUGUGGCCAUUUUGUGGCCAUUCUUCUUCCCCAAGGACAAAGAAAGGAAUUGGUUCCCCACCUCAGCUGUGGUUCACUCUAUUUUUCUCUCACUUUUAGAGUAAUGUAGAUUGGAUAUAAUGUAGCUAUAGCCGAUUCUGAUUAUAGUCUUUGCCACUGUCCUGAAAUGCAUUGACUGUGCUGCAGCGUUGAGGUGUACAUGUGUGCUAGGGGAUGAGGGCCAAUAUAUCCAGUACAAUUUAAGUGUGUAUUUUGUCCCAACACUCAAGGUCUUGAACUUAAUAGGGAUGUAAUUGCAAAUCACUACUCCCCUUCCUACCACUACAACUGUUAACUUCUGCUAGAACUAUUCUAAAGUGAAUACACUUGCAAGGAGUCACAAAUCAUUCCUUCCCCUGCAUCCCCUCAGUAUAUUUAGUUAAUUAACUCAGAGGAAAAGUACUUAACAAGAGCGGGGGAGGGAGGAAAGAGAACAGGGGAGAGUUGUGGCAGUGCUGCUCACCAGAACCCAGCGGAACCAUCCAUCAUAAUGACAUGUAGGCUGGGAUCAAUAUGAGCCUUGUGGUUGCCGGAGGGAUUGCUUCGUGCCAUAGGAACAGCAUUUGUUUUACUCAGCACACUCAAGACGUACACGUACACACACACACAAUAAACACAUACUAUAUUACACACACACUAUGGAGGUCUCUGGCUUGCAGUACUCUGCACAACUGAUGAGUUUUUUUCUGCUGAUUUGGGAACAAGGGAACACUCCAUCUGGAUUUAAAUGAUCCGGUAUAUCGGACCCCUAUACCCACAUUUGAAAUAAUGGGGCAACUCAUUGUAAAGAUCUACAAAUACAUUUCACUUCUUCUUUACGCUUUGCUUUAUUUGUUUGUUUACUAAGACAUGUCGUUUGGCACAUCUACAGUGUGUAAUAGGAGAGUGGUUUCAUGUCUGAUGAGUUUUUUCACAAACAUCUGAUAAGAAUGGAGGUUAAUGAGUCCCGGUGUGAUUUAAGGAUGUAUUUGAUCCUUUCUCCAGUGUCUGUUAAAAGUCCCUUUCAGACCAACGCUUUGACUAUCAAGCCUUCACUCAAUUAAAGAAAGAUGACCUGCCAUUGUGUACACUGAUCUUGCUGAAAUAAAACCUCAAAAUUCCCCUGUGUA